AGGACCAAGAGGCAAAGUUAAGGCGGGAAAUCCUCUCUCGUCCUCCUCCCUCCGGCCCCUCCACCAGCCCCUCCUCCAGCCCCUCCUCGGCCUCACCAUGUCCCUCUCCACCUACGAGAAGAUCGAGAAGAUAGGCGAGGGCACUUACGGCGUCGUGUACAAAGCCCACGACCUCGUAACCAAGAGAAUUGUCGCCCUAAAGAAGAUCCGCCUGGAGAAUGAGAGUGACGGUGUCCCCAGCACAGCCCUGCGGGAGAUCUCCCUCCUGAAGGAGCUUGAGCAUGACAACAUAGUGCGUCUGCUGGAUGUGGUGUAUGGCGAGCGCAAGCUGUACAUGGUGUUCGAAUACCUCAACCAGGACCUCAAGAAACUUUUUGAUGAGAAUCGCAUGGGACUUCCGCUGGAUCUGGUGUGCAGUUACAUGCAGCAGCUCCUGAAAGGCAUCUCAUACCUGCACACUCACCGCAUCCUUCACCGAGACCUCAAGCCACAAAACCUCCUCAUUGAUGCCAAAGGAGCUAUCAAGCUGGCAGACUUGGGACUUGCACGCACUUUCUGCUUGCCAAUGCGCCCCUACACACAUGAAGUUGUCACCCUGUGGUACCGUGCACCAGAGAUCCUCCUAGGAGCCAAGAGCUACUGUACUGCUGUGGACAUGUGGAGUUUGGGGGCCAUUUUUGCUGAGAUGCUCACCACCAAGGCCCUGUUCCCUGGCGACUCAGAGAUUGACCAGCUGUUCCGCAUUUUCCGCACGCUUGGCACCCCAGGAGAGCAGGAGUGGCCGGGGGUGACACAGCUACCAGAUUACAAGAGCACCUUUCCUCGGUGGGAAGUUGAUGCCAAUGCCUCCCUCAUGCAGCUCAUCCCAAGGCUGGAUAACACUGGCCGGUCCCUGCUGCUGAGUAUGCUGACCUACUACCCUCGGAAGCGAGUGACAGCUAAGCAGGCACUGGCACACCCAUACUUCAAGGAUGUCUACAUGGUGCCACCUCCGGGCCUCCACUAACCUCCCUGGGUAACUGUGAGUUUACUGCUGCUGUAAUAGGUGUUGCUGCAGGGACCGUUGUGCCUGUACACUCGGAUAUUGCUCAAACUUGUACUCACAAGCUACUGUUUGUUGCGGUCAUCUCUCUGGUUUGGAAGUGCAGUCUUUAUAGUUCAUUCCUUACCUCAGCCUUUAUUGUGUGCCAUUUCCUAGUGUUUUUUCGUGCUUGGAUCUUUUCUUUUGCACUGCUUUCCUAGCCUUUGUUUAGUGUGCCAAUAGUCUUGGCUUUUCAGCUAUGAAAGCUGCAUUCCUCCUCAACAUAUCAAAGCCACAUUCCUCUCUUAUUAAGUUGAAUCGGAAAGAGCUUUCCCAGUGUUCCUUUACUCUUUGUUGCAUAUUUCUUUACUAUUCUUCAUAUUUGGUUGCCUGGCUGAUGAGGGGAUUUCAGUUUUCACAUAUGAAGUGACAUGCUCAAGUUACAUACUUGUGAAUGUAGUCUUUUUUUUGAUAAACUUGUAUUAACAUACUUACAUUGAUGUGGUGUCCAAACCUGUCCAAUGGCUCCCUCAUAUCUCAUCAUAGACAUUAUUUGCAGUGGCAUCUGUUUCAUAAUCAGAAAAGCUUUUAUUUAACAGCUUUUAUUGGUUGGAGAUACAGAUCAUGAGGUGAACCAUUUCAGGCUAAGGAUACACUUCAUUCAUUGUUUGCUUGAAAAAAGUAGAUUUAUUAAUUUUUUAAUACAAAAAUGUAGAUAAUGUAUAAUUUUACUAUGAAAAAUGGGCAUUAUUAAUGGUCAAUUCUGCAUAACAUUAUUUCUAUAUGAAUGCAGACUGCCAAGACAAGAAGUCUGAUACAACUGUGAUAAUCCGUUUAAGUAUGUGUCAAUGCCCAGGUUGACAGUGGGUUGAUGUGGCAGCAGUACAUGUGUAAUGGUGGUGUGUUGUGUCCUGAUGCUGAGACUGGCUCUACUGUGUUCCAUAAUUCAUCAUUUCAGUAAAUACUCCUGGGAAAGAGGAAAGCCUUAGGCAUGAAACAAGGUGCUUCAUCAGUGUUAAUGCUGCCUUAACUGCUGCCACCUCAGCCAUUGGUUGGCAUUGAUUUGUUGCUGCUGCUACUUUUUAUAGCAUCAAUAAAAUUAAAUAUUUGCUG